AUGUCUGUACUCAGUCUUAGCCAGGGCGGUUUAAUAAUCGACCACUCGGCAAUCACGUUCGACAUUGCAACAACGUUCAAAGCACGUCCGAAAAUAAAACGAUCUGUCUUUGAUUACAACCGAGGGAACUUCGACGGACUUCGUGCAACUCUAGAGUCGGUUGACCUUUGCGGAGCAGUCGAGUCAGCAGUGGAUAUUAACCACGGUUGGUUGAAAUGGAAAGAACUAUUUCUCAGUGGUGUACGCGGCAGUAUUCCGAUAAAAACCAUCAGCAACGUCAGUAAUCCGCCUUGGAUCAACGGUGAGAUAAUCCACGCUAUCAGGAAAAAGGAGACCUGAAGACUGAAGACAUCGCCAACGGACGUACUGAGAAACAAGUUCAAGACUCUGCGGUCCAAGGUGAAACGAUUGAUGACUGAAAGUCGUUGUCAGUUCUUCCAAAACAUCAGCGAAGCCCUCUUCAAUAAUCCGAAAAGAUUCUGAUCUGUCUUUAAAAUCAACAGUAAACGUGCCAGUGUCCCAGGAACAAUAACAAUGUGAUCAAAUGGAUUAGAUCCUGACUCGACUCGCUCAGCUUCAUUUCCUCGCGACAUAGCAGAACUGUCCAACGACUACUUCUCCUCCAUUGUGUCUGGAAGCGAGAACACAACUCCAAGACUCUGCGGUCCAAGGUGAAACGAUUGAUGACUGAAAGUCGUUGUCAGUUCUUCCAAAACAUCAGCGAAGCCUCUUCAAUAAUCCGAAAAGAUUCUGGUCUGUCUUUAAAAUCAACAGUAAACGUGCCAGUGUCCCAGGAACAAUAACAAUGUGAUCAAAUGGAUUAGAUCCUGACUCGGCUCGCUCAGCUUCAUUUCCUCGCGACAUAGCAGAACUGUCCAACGACUACUUCUCCUCCAUUGUGUCUGGAAGCGAGAACACAACUCCAACGGACAAUCCAUCCUCGCCAACUGAUUGCAACUUGUCAGAGUUAACUCUUUCUCCUGACGAUGUUGCAGCUGCUCUCCACGGCCUCGAUAUCAACAAAGCCACAGGUCCGGAUGAAAUACCACCAAGAAUACUAAAAGAAUGUGCUCACCAAAUUGCUCCGUCAUUAUGUCUACUGUUUAAACAAUCACUCCGACAUGGCUCCUUACCAGAGAAAUGGAAGCUCGCGAACAUCAUCCCCGUCCAUAAAAAAGGUGACAUCUCCAACGUUGAAAACUACCGUCCAAAUUCGCUUCCGUGUGUAACAUCCAAAAUCCUUGGGCGCUGUGUGCUGAGAAAUCUGAGAGACUAUCUGAUGUCCCUGAUUACUGUAACUCCGCUCAACUUGGUUUGA